AUGCAGGCGUCAGCAGAGGAAGAAACGCCCAUGCACUCCGUGCUGGAGUGGCUCCUGCGGUACUUGCCAAAUGUGAACACGCACAUUCGGCAGUUUUACUCGCUGCAGAAGCAGCAGGAGCUGCAGCUGCGGCUGCAGCGGCUCGACCGGCUGCUGAACGAACACUUGAAAGAAGCAGCAGCAAGAAAGGAGUUCGAGGCGGAGGCGAGGGAGGUGCUGCAGCAGCAGCAGGCCGCGUCAGCAGAGGAAGAAACGCCCAUGCACUCCGUGCUGGAGUGGCUCCUGCGGUACUUGCCAAAUGUCAACAUUAGGCUUGAAAACGUGAGGAUUUGGCUCGACGACUCUGUGGGUUUGUUCGGCCCUCCUGCGAAGGUGCUGCUGAGCAUCAAGCGCAUUAUUUUCAAGCCGUCUGCCUCGAAGGUGCCGUGGGGCUUCAGCUGGGGUGUAUGUACACCUGGACGCCCCGCAGCAGCAGACGGAGUGGCCCUGGGGCCCCAGCUGUCGGAGCCGGAGGUGUUGGGGGCCCUUGCAGUGGACGUGUUUGUGCGGCAGCUGAAGCUUUCCCUCAGCAGCAGCAGCAGCAGCAGCAGCAGCAGCAGCAGCAGGGGCGGCGGCGGCAGCAGUGCGGGCGGCGACGGCGACGAGAUGUGGGUCGACGUGCUUCGCACGGAGGAGCUCCAUCUGCACUUGUUUGUGGAGAGAGAGGGCAGCAGCAGCAGCAGCAGCAGCAGCAACAGCAGCAGCAGCAGCAGCAGCAGCGACCAGCGGGGGCCCCUGCGGUGGCGAGCUUCUCUUAACAUUCUUGCUGCAGAAGAGAUUCAAAUUUCUUUGGACUGCUUCUGUCUCUUUUACUUUUGCUGCACUCUCAACAAAUUCCAACACUUGCAAAGACUCAAACUUCUCACUGCCUACAGACCCCCCGGACGGCCAACCAAGUACCCCAGGGCCUGGUGGCUUUACUCCAAAAUGUAUUCGCGGCUACUGCGGCGGGAGAGAAGAGGCAGCGACGACUUCUUUACUCAGACUGAGGAGCGAAUCAUGCACAUGAAGAGGUUCAUCCGCCUGGUGAAGGUUCUGCUGCUGCAGUACCGUGAGCAGCAGCAGCAGCAGCCGCCAACACAGCAGCAGCAGCAGCAGCAGCACGGGAACGUGCCAAUACCGCCUCUCACAGAGCUGCUGCGGCCAGUGAUGGAGCGCUACACGCAGCGGCAGCAGCAGCAGCAGCAGCAGCAGCGGUGGCGGCGCAGGCAAACUGUGGGGCAGGAAGAGUCCGAUGAUCUCUUUUUGCUGCUGCAGUUCGCCCGAAGACCCUACGAGGGUUUAGGGUUGUGGGUUUUGAUAGCAGCAAAAGAAACAGAAGCAGCUCUUGAGGCGCUGCAGCAGCGGGGUGACGCAGACCUGCAGCAGCAGCAGCAGCUGACGCAGCGGCUGCGGGUGCUGCGGCAGCAGCAGGCGCUGCUGCAGCAGCAGCAGCAGCAGUUCACCGCUACCAACGGGGCGCCGGUAGUGGAGGGCCUGAAGCAGCAGCAGCAGCUGCUGGUGCUGCAGCAGCAGCAAGAGGUGCAGCUGGAGCUGCAGGCGAACGUGGAGGAGCAGCAGCAGCUGCUGCUGCAGCUGCAGCACGAAAUAAACGAAAUAGUUCGAGAGAAAAUAGUUUAUUUCUUUUCAACUCCAGCAGCUUUUUGUCAAGAAGCGCGCGAAGCAGCGGUGGCGCUGGAGCGGGGGCAGCAGCAGCUGCAGCAGCAGCUGCUGCUGCUGCAGCGCGAGCGCAGCCUCGGGCACUGCAGCAGCAGCCAGCUGCUCGAAGUGUACAGACAGCAGCAGCGUGCUGCAGCAGCAACUUGCCGCGAGCUGGAGAGCCACAGAGAAACCUGGCGGCUAUCGAGACACCGCAUGCUGCUGUGGGCUGAGCUGCUGUCAGUUUAUGAGAAUUUGUUUCCUGCUGCUGCUGCUGCUGCGCUGCUGAAUGACAAGGCCCUGGCUGAGCUGCUGCAGCAGCACAGAAGGCGGCAGCUAGAGGAGACAUUUGGGGACGGCGCGCUGCGCCGCAGCAGCGGGCUCGACCCUGUCUUCACCCGACGAGCAGCAAAAGUCCCUGCUGCUGCUGCUGCUGCUGCGCCGGGGAGCGCAGCGGCGCGAGCGGCGCCGGACGGAGCUGCUGCAGCUGCUGGCGCCGUAGCAGCAACUGCAGCCGCUGCAGCAGGGGCCACGGCAGAAGCGGCAGGAGCUGCUGCAGCAGCGGCAGCAGCAGCGGCGGGCGCCGGUAAGGAGCAGCAGAAGCAGCAGCAGCUCCACAGACACGUGCAGCAGCAGCAGCGGCAGCACGUGCUGUGCGCUGCAGCAGAAGCAGCAGCAAAAAUCCCAAGGAUGCUGCUAACUAUUGGCAAAACUUGUGAACUCCCGCUUGCCCGCAGCCUCCACAGACGCAAACUUGGUUUGCUGCUGCGGAAGGUUACUUUGCGGCUGGCGCCUUUGGUGACUGCAGACUCCUGGCAGCAGCAGCAGCAGCAGCAGCAGCAGCAGUGGCUGCUGCUGGAGGCGCUGGACACGGCGCUGGAGCUGCAGACCUUGAACGGCGCUUCUUUGCUUUGCUGCUUCCGCUCUCUCGAGCUUUACCUCUGCAGCGGCUUGCUGCAUGCGCAAAGACGAAGCAGCAUCAGCAGCAGCAGCAGCAGCAGCAGCAGCAGCAGCAGCCAGGGCCCCGGCUGGAGAUGCCAGCUGGAGGAGAGGAUUCAGCUGCUGCUGCUGCGGGUUGCGCAGAACGCAGCAACAAGUCCCAACAGGCAGGGGCGCCGCAGCAGCAGUGUCUGCAGCAACAGUGAGAACGCCGCGCUGCAGCAACAGCAGCAGCAGCAGCAGCAUCAGCAGCAGCAACUCACAGUGCCUCUUGCGUCUGCUCCUGCCAGCGACAUUGGCCAGCAAGGCAGCAGCACCCCACGGGAGCUCAACAGCAGCAGCAGCAGCGGCAGCAGCAGCAGCGCGCAAAGGCAGAGCAUCUGGCAGAACGCGAUGGGCGCGAUUGGUAGUGCAGCGAGCGCUGCAGCAGCAGCAGCUGCAGCUGCUGCUGUUGCUGCUUCGGACGCCGAGUCCAAUGCCACUCGAUCACGCAGAGGCUCUCUUGUUGAGGACAUCCCCAGCAGCAGCAGCAGCAGCAGCAGCAAACUAGGAGCAGCAAAGGCAUACUUCCUGGAAUCUGUGAAAACGGGAAUGCUGCUGCAGCAGCAGCUGCAGAAGCACCUGUCGUUUCUGCUGAUACGCUUGACUGCUCUGCCGCUGCAGCAGCAGCAGCAAAACCUGCAGCAGCAGCAGCAGCACAGCCAGCUGCAGCAGCAGGAAGGUGUUCUCCGCAUUGGAGUCCCCCUGUAUCUGCAGGCCACUGCAAAGCUGCAGCACAUUUGGGGCCGCCUGCAGAUGACUGACGUGAAGAUGCUGCAGCAGCAGCUGCAGCAGCUGCUGCUGACUAUUGCUGCUGCUGCUGUCGCAGGAGGCAGGCCAACUUACACUGCUUUGCCCGAAAGGUACUUCAAACCCUAA